CGCCUGCCUCGCGGAUCCGGCCCGGUGCAGCAUCAGGCUCAGAUCCGCGCUGCAGCUCCGGAUGGAGUUGACGCGCGAUGGGAUACCAGGGACCGGUUUUUGAGGUCAGCUGCUCCGCGCUGCCUGGAUGAACUGGGACCGUGCGGGCUCACAGUGCAUCAGCCCGUCAUGGGGGACGGCGGUGCGUCUUCUCAGCUGAACCUCCAAAACGGCACCGGGGAGGCGUCCGAUGCGCACGGCUCUGUCGCGGCCGCGUCCGAGCACUGGAUGGCCGGGAUGAGCCUGCUGAUGAGUCUGAUCGUCCUGUCCAUCGUGUUUGGGAACAUCCUGGUGAUCGUGGCCAUAGCGAGGACGCAGAGGCUCCAGACGCUCACCAAUGUGUUCAUCGUGUCUCUGGCGAGCGCGGACCUCAUCAUGGGACUGCUGGUGGUGCCAUUCGGCGCAGCGCUGGAGGUGCGCGGUUUUUGGAUAUACGGCUCGUUCUUCUGCGAGUUCUGGAUCUCCGUGGACGUGCUCUGCGUCACCGCGAGUAUAGAGACUCUGUGCGUAAUCGCCAUAGACAGGUAUGUGGCCAUUACCUCACCUUUCCGCUACCAGAGCUUAUUAACUAAAGCCCGGGCCAGGGCGGUGGUGUGCGUAGUUUGGGGCAUUUCCGGGCUGGUCUCCUUCCUCCCCAUCCUCAUGCACUGGUCCCGCGACAAUGUGGACACAGACUGCUAUGAUGACCCCCACUGCUGCGACUUUGUGACCAACAGGGCUUAUGCCAUCUCCUCAUCCAUCAUUUCCUUCUACAUUCCUCUCCUGGUUAUGAUUUUUGUUUACGCACGGGUGUACAGAGAGGCCAAACUACAGCUGAGGAAGAUCGACAAGUGUGAGGGGAGGUUUCACAACACCCUGACAGGACUGACCUCCAAGUGCAAGAAGAGGCCGUCCAAGAUCCUGGCGCUCAGGGAGCAAAAGGCGCUUAAGACUCUGGGCAUCAUCAUGGGGACCUUCACUCUGUGCUGGCUGCCGUUCUUCAUCGUCAACGUGGUGCGCGUCUUUUGCGCGGAGAUGGUGGACAAGGACCUGUUCGUGUUCCUGAACUGGUUGGGCUACGUGAACUCUGCCUUCAACCCCAUCAUCUAUUGCCGGAGUCCAGAUUUCAGGAAGGCUUUUAAAAGGCUGCUGUGCUGCCCGCGGCAGGCGGACCGCCGGCUGCACAUCAGCUCCUGCGACCUGUCGCGGUGCUCCGGCGGCUUUGUGUCCGCGCUGGAGCCCGGCACGCUGGAGAUGUGGUCGGAUUGCGCAGCGUUGGAUAAACAGGACAGCAGCCUGAUGGGGACCGGGAAGCUGGCUCACUCUGAGUCCCAGAUGUGAAGGAAAAGAGAUUAUAUAUAGAAAAAACUAAUUGUGGUGAAAAAACAGAAAAACCUACAUGUGGAAGUUAAAAUAAUACAAAACGCAUCCAAAUCAAGACUUGGACAGGUAUGCGAAGUUUUCUUUAAGAUAGUUAUUUAAAAAACAAUACAUAAAGCUACAAAAAGAAGUUUUGAAACGCAUAUAGAACAACACAUUUUAUUACAAAAUAACCUAAUUAAAGUAUGAGAAAGAAAGCGAAUGUCCUUUAAGGUAAUUAAAUACAAGGAAAAUAUGUUUUUUUUACUCAUAAAGUGUUAGAAAAACAAUCGGAUUUAUAUAUUUCUAAAAUGAUAUCACUUUUUUGAAAUGCAAACAGAGCAGUUCCAAGGAAUAGCUACACUGGAAAAAGUAUAACCUUUCUCAAAAAAAAAAAAAAAAAAGAAUGAUGUCCAGAUAUCGCAUCUAAAAUAAUUUACUUCACAGAAUCUGAAUUUAAUCGCUUGUUAUGACCUGAUUAUAUUAUGUUGAUGUAAACAAUAAUACUGCACUUAUCACAACUUAAAAUCUUUGCCCUGUUCCAAAUGAUUUUCUGAACAUUUCAGUUAAUGAAACAAACCAAUAUAUUGACAUUGGACCAACCUAAUAUAGUUACUUUUAACUAAAUUAACAAGAAUUUAGACAAGCCAAUUAACCUAACAAUCAUGUUUUUGGAUUGUGGGAGGAAGCUGGAGUACCUGGAGAGAACCCACGCAUGCUCAGGGAGAACAUGCAUACUCCAUGCAGAAAGAUCCUGGAUCACUUGGCUGUGACUGCAUGCAAAGCGCAGUUGACAUUUGAUUCACACACAAAAAAAUUACCUGCAGGCCAUAAAUAUAUACAUAUUGAGAGAAAUCAAAAACUUUGUGUUGGGUCUUUCUACAUGUAUUUAGUUAAGGUUAAAUCAAACUUGAUGUCUCAAAAUACAAAAAGAAUGAUUUACAUAAUCAAAUCAAUAAUUUUAUCCAGUUUAGAGUGAAAAGCAUUAAUUUGAAUGAACAGUUACAUGUUACACUUUUUUCAGUGUAACUGGUGGUUUAUUUUAUCAAGAGUUCUCACCCUCAUGUAUUCUAUUCAUAUAAAUAAAUAUUCUUCUCCGAUAAUCAGGAUUAUAAUGGUGGAGGUGCUGAUAAUGAAGCUCUGAUGGGUUUUAAAGCAAUCCCUCAUGGUGAUGCUUGUGAUCAGAGCUGGCCUGAGGCAGAAGCAAACUAAGCUGCUGCUGUUUGGGGCUCCAGGCCAGAUGGGGGGCCCCCAGGUAUCAUCAUAGAGAAUCAGCAAUAGUUCUAGUUAGAUGUUAUUACUUGCAAAAUAUCCAGAAAAUUGAGUUCAAAAUGUUUGAUAUAACGAUUAAAGUUUCUUUAAAACAAAUCUUAUUUUUUAGGUUUAUUUCAUUUUCUAAUACAAUAGGUAAAUGUAAUUAUUUGGACUCGCUCACACUUUGGUUGGCUCUGUGUUGCACUUUACAGGGCUGGCUCUUGGUAUAACCUGGUUUUGUGAUUUGGGGCCCCAUGCUAGUCUUCUUGCCCCAAGAGAAAUUGAAUUCUGAUACUUAAGUUGCAUGAAUGCAAAAGAAAAACUUAAUAGAAACUCUAAUCUAAUUCAAUAAAGACAUUCAAAAUUAGCUUUUCUUGUUCAAUUAAUUUUAACCAGAACUGUCACACUCUGAUACAGAGACAGUAAGUUUGUAGUUCAAGAAGACAAGGAACAUUCAUCAAAAUGUGUUUUGUUUUUUUCUUAUGUUGAAAUGAUAAGAAAACAAUGACUACAACACAAAAACCUUGCAGAUUCUGUGUGCAGUUGCGUAGCAACUUCUUACAUUUUGUAGAGAUUUACUCAACAAGUAAAACAUUUACUCAUUUAAACCAAUCUGAAACAUCUACAAAUAUAAUUUGGAUUUAUUUGUUUUAAUGACCACCUGUUUUUUUUGUUUUUGUUUUUUUUUUUUGCUUUUUUAUAAAAGCAAUGAUCAAUCAGCCAGAAAUCAGAACUAGCUGGUUUUUGCUUGAUUGGUUCCAAUUGUAAUACAUAUACAAAAUAUGAAAAAAAUUCAAACUGUUUUUCAGUAAAUCUAUGAAAACCAAAGGCCUCCCACUAGUUUGGAUAUAUAAACAAAUCACUCGACAGCCUGCAGUUUGCUGUGUGUGUUUUUGGUUUAACAAGGAGUCAGAUAAAGGUUUGGGAUCUAAAGAAAAAUCAGCGAUUGGUCAAAGGAUCAGUGCAGCUUUAACAUUUACUUAAAUAACUGCCAUCUGUACCCCAGACAUUCCAUCUAUAAAAUGAUCAACUUUAUAGUUAAUGUAACAAUUAUUGCUUGUUUCUGAGAUGGGCAAAUAUUUUAUGUCCAGUUGUAAAACUGUAAAGAAAUCAAGUAAUAGCAGCUAUUUUUUCAUGGUUGUUUUUCAUCAGGCUUCAUUUAUCUCCCCUUCCCUUAUUUCACUAUAAUAUCCACCAUUUGAAACAGUUUUAACAGCAGAUAAAUAAUUACCAUACUAAAAUGUAUCAUGCAUCUUAAAAAUAAAUGUAAAAUCUGAUUGUUAGAUUUGUAUACUGGCAUAUCAAUCAGAUAUUUGCUAAUUGAAUUAUAUGAGUAUUGUGAAAGACUGAUAUCGAUAUUUUCAUCGAAACGAAUCAUGUAACAUCCAAUCAUACUGAAGCUGGUGAUUUACACCCAUACUAUCAGAAAAAGUUAAAUAACAAUAAGUGAAAAGUUUUUUUAACCUAAUGACCAGCGUUGAGUCAUUGACUUUGCAGCAAUCCCUCCUCCAGAGCAAUAGCGGAUGUUUUUUCAAAGUUUUUUCUUGGAGGAAUUUUAACAGAAAAAAUAAUAUUGAUGGUAAUGAUAAAUUCUGCUACAAAAGAAACAGCUGAGACUACGGCCGAAACAGUUAAAUCGCAUUAAUCGGUUAUUGAAAUAACGGUGAACUAAUUUAGUAAUCGAUUAAUCAUUAACUGGAGUAUAAAGACUGUAAAACAUGCCUUUAGCUGACAGAACAACCCACUUAGAGUACUUAUACCAAAGUUGCAAAAAAAUAUAAAUAUUUUGCAUUUAAGAGAAAUCUUUUUCAUCUGUCAAUAUCCUCUAUC